AUGGCCAGCAACAGUAAUGAGUGUUUGUCGCAGGAGGAGGAGGAGGAGGAAGAGGAGGAGGAGGAGGAGGAAGAGGAGGAGGCCCAGGAGCUGAUGGAGGCAGUGGGACAGACGGCCAGUCUGGGGGGGAGGGAUACGCCUCUUCGCUUCAUCAGCUCAAAUGAGGUUUACAGGGACGUGGACCACUUGUUGAGACGCUGCAGUGAUGGUGCAGAGCCUAAUGUGAUCAGGUAUUACACUUUGAAGCAACAAGGCAGCAAGGGGGGCGGGACCGUUGCGGAAGGGACGGACUUCACCGGUGACCAAUGGGAACUCGGGAACCACCAGCCAAUCAGGGCGCGGAGAAAACAGAGCAAGGAGAGAGAGGGGAAAGGGGAGGAGUUUGGGGAAGUGGGAGGGGUCCAAUAA